GAGACAAUUUCAAGGAAAAAGAAGUUGAACGUGUUUUAAUAUGGAACGCUGGACUGGAUUCCGCAAUAGACCGCGAUCUGUUGUGUCCGCACGCGAAUUGUUUUGAUUAUCAACAGCAACAGCAUUUUUUGGCAUUUUCCCAUUAUCAAAUGGGCUGAAAGCGGAGCAGUCAGAAAGUACCAAAGUAUAGUGUUGAAAACGAACAAAGUGAACGAACGAAAGAGAACCAGCGACUAGAGCAGAAAGAAGUAGCGAGCGAGAGAGAGGCGAAGUGUGCUGUGCUGUGCUGUGCCGUGGCUGCAGAAAAAUUUCAUUGCCCUCGUUUGGGAUGCGAUUCGAGCAGACAGAGCACAAAAUUUUACUGUCGAGCGGAUGGAUCAGCUCGAAUUAUGUUCGCGGAGUGAAAACCGUUCGUACAAGUCGGUCGCGGUCAGCCGGUUUGACGUUAACAAAGAAUGAUGGAAAAAAAUAUGUUUCAUAUCCAAUUUGUGAAGUUGGAAUGUGUAGCAAUUGGUUUUAUAAAGGAAAAAAUGUUUAUAACAAACAGCAGCGUUUAGAUUUCGGGAGUCAGAUUUUCUUUAUUGUAAAAAAGCUUUAUCUGACAUCUGUUUCCUCUGCCUUUGUGGACUACUCAGCUGCUGUUUAGUAGGGCUGGAAUACGAAAAUUAACGAAUAAUGUCAAAUCUGGCUUGGUUACUUUGAAAUCAGUAAAACAAAACCCGUAGCCAAUAUUAAUUCGUUUUCAUUUCAACUAUUGUUUCUGAAAAUAGUUGAUGCAACAUUUCUUAUAGUUUAGUACAAUAAAUUCCUAGUAGUUUGCUGAAGUAAGCAGCGAGAAGUCCGGAAAGUUGCGUGUCAGGAGGGGACCAUGAAAUACAUCGGUAGCAUAUAAGCAAACCUCGAAUAACAAACAGCAAAGCAGCUAAUUUGGCACUGUGUGUUGGUGCGAUGCGAAGAAAAAGCGGGCCAUUUUCAAUCAACACAGCGAACGGGUGCACAUUGCUGUCGAUGUGUGCGUGCUAUCUGUUCGGUUUCUUUGACUCGCUGCUGCUCUUAACGAAAACUUCACCAACAUAUGUACGCGGCAAACGAGGAAACGGUGAAUUUUGCACGUUGGACCAAAAGAUUGAUUAUUGGUUAAAAUUAAACAUGAGUUUGACAGCGGUAACGUAAAACUCUAGGAGCCGAGUUGUAAAAUUAAUAAAAGGGUUGUUACUCUGAAAUUUACAAUUUUUUCACAAAGCCCGGAGUCAUUUCUAAGUGAUUUGGUUAGCCAGUUGACUUUUUGGAUAAAAUGUGACCAUUUCAAACCAAAAACGUCCAACCGUUUGCACGACCAGUGAACCAUACGAACAGCGAACGACUGCUGAUUGCUCGAAUCCAAGCCAAAAGCUACAACUACACUAGCCAGUCUACUACGGUAUUGCGAGUGCUUGGUGUUGGUGAGGCCAUACAAUGCCAUAUUAGUCGAGCUGUCCCUGCUUGCCUUUGAUCUGGCUGUAGGUUUUGACGGGCUGUUCUGCCCAUCAAACUAUUCUGUUGCUGCUGGUUUUGUUAGACGGUUUUGUUGACCAAUUUUCCUAUUCGAGUUCUACGAUUAUCGCCUUGCUGACUGCGACCGACGAAGAAUGAUGUCUAUCACUUUGAUUCCCCUUCCCAGGGGGAACUUCCUGGGCCAUUACUUUCCAUAUUUAUUAUACAAAAUGUUGUAUGUGUUUAUACAUAUCUCUUCACUCGAUUGAUGAUGAUGUUCGUAGAAUGGCUCGACAAGAAACGAAUCAAUAUUAUUACAACUUUACAACCAUUUUUUCCCGUACAGUGAGACCUAAUGCCAUGAAAGUGAAUUGAAGUUUUGUAUGAAGAAAAAAGUAUUGAAAAUUUUUCGAUGACAAAUAGUAGUAACAAGUGCAAAAUAGUGCUGCGAAAAGAUAAUUUUGCGGAUCAAGUAACGCCAGCAAAAGGUAAACAACGUAUGAGAAAAAGAAUCAAAAACCUAUAACAGACUAGAUGAGACACGAAAUGCGGUUACAACAGGUGAAGAAGAAUGGUCGAUACUUGUCCACCGGCUGUCGCUGAGAAUGUCCGUCACAAUAGUGCAACCAACGGAACGUACAUCAGCAGUAGCAUUAACAAGAGCGACAACGACCAACCCCGGAAACAGCUGGAAGUGAUAAAGAUGAACAGUGAAAAUGUGCUAGAAGCUGGAACAUCGUCACCUGUCGAGAUUGUGGAGGAAAUCUUCCAAAAGGACCAACAGCAGCAGCAAAAGAACGAAGUUAUUGUCGUUUCUGAAGAAGACGACCAGGAGAAUGGUGAUCCGGAACAGAACGGGUCCAGUGUGAUUGUCAUGGGUGGUUCCUCGAAACGGGAGCAGGAAUCAGGUCUCAUCAAUUGUCACAGUAACGAUCAACAGCAGCCGCAGCAGCCACACCAAGAGAAAUUGAAGAUAGUCGAUAAAGAGUUUGAUAACGAACUUGAGAUAAUAGAAAUCUCGUCAACACCUCCACCCGAGGUGAUACCAAAGCGCGACGAGUUGGGCAAACCCGAGAACGAGGCUAGUAAUAAAACUGCAAACAAUAACGACAGUGCAUUGCACAAGCAAAAACUGUCGGAUACUUUUGAUGGAAAGACUGCCAAUAAUAACGUCUUACUUCCCAACUGUAUAGCGCGACCAACGUCGAAGGAAUCUCCGAAAGAGGAAAACCAUAGCACUCCCAAGCGAGAAGAGAUGGGUGUCUCGGAAGAAAACCGGAAAGUUGAACCACUGAAGAUCAACUUGAACAGGGAACCGAUACGGACGAUAAUCAAACUGCCCCCGAGUCUGGGAUCAACGUCAGACCAGCAGCCCAGCUCUCCAAAGAUCACAAUCAAACCGUUGAAAUCUCCGCCAGAUGUAGAUGCUCCUUCUACUAACAGCAUUCCGAAGCUAACCAUAAAGCCGAUUUUGAACCCGGAAGAAUCCAGCAGUCACGUGUCUUCGGUCGGUACCGAGCAAAUGCAAAUCAUUCCCAAAUUGCACAUAAAAAAUCCUCCACAGGACAGUUCAGCAGUAGACGGACCGGAGCCACACAUUGUGCCUAAGCUAACGAUUCGCAACGUAAACCAUAGCAAUUUGCUAACGGGGGCAUCCUCCGGGAUCGACAGUAAUGAAACGUCAGGACCUGUGGCACAAAUCUCUUCCAAUUCACCUCCAAUGGUUCCUAAGCUAACAAUAAAGAAGGAUAAUCAUCAUCACCACAGUAGCCAUCAUCAUCACCACCAUCACCAUUCGCACCACAACAACCGGGUGAUCAAAGAGGAUGACUCUGGUUCCGUGCCUCCAGCGAUUCCCAAGAUACACAUCAAAGCAAUACUGGAACCGGCGGCGGUGGUGGCGGCGUCGUCGGCACCAAGCUCCAGCGGUAGCUCCGGUGGAAACGCUACUGGGCCUGUGCUAACGAGUUCCGAAGGGGUAAAGCUAACGAUAAAACCUAUUCCGGAGCCACCUUUGCCGAAGCUCACCAUUAAAACCAACUCGUUGAACACCAGCGAUGCUUCCGUCGUUUCAUCCACCAGUAGCAGCUUUUCACCGAAACUUGUGUCACCUCCCCUGGCAUCUCCAAGCGACCAACACUCGAGCAUAACAUCAACAAUCCCAAAACUUACCAUCAAACCGAUCCCCAAACCUCCACCUACCGUGCAGCGUGAUCCCUCCGAAGUUCCCAUCCCGAAACUUACCAUCAAACCAAUGCCGCCGAAGCCAAUCGCAGCCUCCGAAGACAGCUGCUCAAGUGAAACCAGUAUUAACUCGCUAGAAUCUUCUCCUAUCUCAUCAUCCUCGUCGGCCCCGAGCUCGAUCAUCAGUUCUCCCUCGGUGGUACCCAAACUGACCAUCAAAGUGCCGAAGGAGGGUGACUCCGUCGUUACGUCUCUGCCGCAGAUUGUUACAAGUUUCAACACAAUCACGACGACUGCUGCUAGCACAACAACAACAACUUCUUCCGCUAUUCCGGUGGUAACCAAGCUGAACAUCAAACCGAUACCUCCGCUAGUACGGAAAUCACCGGUUCCGAGUCGACAUUCGUCGGAUUCGGAGCAAGAUCGACCGUUUACCGUCAAUCUCGCCAUCGAAGAACCCGAACCGAUCUUCAUUUCCAAAGUCACCAACCGAACGGUUCCUAAUAUGAAAUGUCUAGACCUGGAAGUACCGAGAAUUAUGCUGAAGGCAUCACUAAAACCAGACACGAUGGUGGAACCGUCCAAUAGCGAUGUCGUCACUCACAACAGAUCCAAACAACCGCUGGAGGUAGCAGUGAAUUCCAAAUCGCUAGAUUCGGGUUCCGAUUCACCUCGAGUUAUCCUCAAAAUGAACAAAGGAAUGUGGUGCACUACAACGCCAUUCUCGGCAAUGACUGCGUGUGCGACCGUCGUGGAAAAGCUGGACGCUUUCAGUAAAUCGGAAGAGCCUUUGAACGAACUGAAAAGACCAAUUUCAGAGGCCCCGGUAGAAUCUACCGAUGAACCAGAAAAUAAAAAGUUCAAAUUGAUGUCCAACCAUCAAGCCAGUUUGGGUGAUGAAGCCCGUAAAGCUUCCAACUCGGAAAGUGACGUAAUUGUAAUAGAUGACGAUAGUAAAUCAGAUACGGUGGACGACACAGUGGAACGCCCCUUAAUCAACGAACAAACCCAUAUUCCCAAACCACCUCCACUGAUUGAAAUUGCGAAGGUGAAAUCCGUUGCACCGAAUAUCCAACAAGAAACACUUGUACCGACGCACCGUCAGCCUCUGGAGAUGACCGGCAAUAAGUUAAAAGAAAUUUUAACUAAACCAAAACGUCAACGGAUGCUGGUCAAUCAAUCACCACAACCGGACUCCGAAUCUCGUCCUCGAAGGGCUGCUGCUCUUCAGGCAAUUCCAGCCUCAGUGCUACUGCGAAGGCAGCCAGCCACUGUUAUUCAACCGACGAUCCAACCGACAGGCUCGAGCAUAACCAGUGUGCUACUGCUCGAAAACGACGGAGGAUCCAGUUCCGACUGCAUGAUAAUCGAUGAUCCACUGACGUUGGCCGAGAAAAACGGCACGUCGAGCAAUAGUAGUAACAGUAGCACCAUCAGUGCUCCUUCCAGUAUCGGCACGGUUUCGAUGGCUUCCGUCAUUCCGACCGUCACGACAGCUGUCACUUCACAGAUCGUUAUUCCACCCAAGGUUCGAAUGAGCACACGAAGCGGUGCCGGACAUCCAACGCCAUCGAAGGAGACCCUGACAUACAAAGCUCCCGAUAAAGAUUCCGGUUUGGACGAGGGUAAGCUGGAGUCGGAGGAUGCUCCUAGUCAACCGAAGCGUCCCCGUGGACGACCGAAAAGAAUAAAUGUAGUCCGCAAGGAUACCGAAGAAACACCAGCCGCGAUUGUUGUACCGUCGACUCCAAAACCGGAACCAACGGUUGAAGCUAACGGUAGCACGAGCUCGUCCGAGUUGCCUCCCAUGACCAGUUUGGAAAUGUCCAAAUGUAUUUCACCACGAGUGCUGCUAAAACCAUUGACACCGUCACGGUUGGAGAGUAAACCCUCUCCGACGAUGGAGGUCUUGGUCGAAACGGUUGCAGUCCCCGUUCCGGAACCCACGACUACGCAUGAACCUCAAGUCAUGACUGAUACGUCCAUUAAACCGUUCCUCCUUACUGCCCAAAUAGAGCUGACGGAUAACAGCAUACCGGUGGAACCAGUUACGCCAAGACCACGAGGCAGAGGUCGCGGCCGAGGCCGGGGACGAGGUUCCGGUUCAGGGAGAGGUGCUAAAUCAGCGCAAGCUAAGCUCGAUGGCGAAAUAGGUGUAUUAACUCCUGCAGGAGAACUACCUUUUGUGACUCCGGUUCGCCGGGGACGUGGUGGUGGACGAGGUCGUGGUAGUGGACGAAGCCGUGGACGCGGUCGAGGUAGUCGAGGUGGUCGAGGACGUGGCCGCGGACGGGGUCGUUCGAAUUCUGUUAGCCCACAGAAAGCUGCAAGUCCUGCGAAAGCUGGUAGCCAAGAUUUUCACGGUUUCUUGACCCCCGAUGGAACGGACAUACACCGAAGGAAACUGCAACUGACACCCUUCCCCGGCAAUAGCAACAGCUCACUGCAGCUCUUCGAAGAGGACACCCGUAUGAGUGGUGAUUUCAACUUCACCACUCCGAUGCGGCUGAUCAGUACCGGCGGUGGACCCAACGAAGAAUCCCAAAGUUCGUAUCUGAGCAGUGCCAGCGUGACGCAGGAUAAUAGCAUGACGCUGCAAACGAUUCUCAGCACCACCGGCAGCAGUGCUCGUAAACCAAAAGCGAAAAUGGAAGUUGGAGACGUUAAUGGGCGAACGGAGUUCUCGGUGGAAAUGAUAGCCGAGUACGAGUGGCCUCAGCCAACGUUGGCAAAUCCUAGAUGCCAUGGAGACGCCUACAUGAUACAGGAACAGAUCGCCGAGUAUCUGGGCGUGAAAAGUUUCAAGAGAAAAUAUCCGGAUUUGAUGCGACGGCCCGUGGACAUGGAAGAACGAAAUUAUAUUAUGGAGCAAGGUAUGGCGUCCGAGAAGAUGUGCGAUUUAGGUUUAACGGCCGUGUAUGCAUCGGAAAUUCUGGACAUCAUGUGCAAUGACUAUCCGGAGAAGUACGAGGAAUACAAACGGUAUCAGCGGGAAAAACUGUACCGCGAUCGACAGAAAUACCUCCGGACGGCUGUGGCGGCGAUUGCAGCCGAAGGUGUCGACCGAAGUCAGCUACAGAAGGAACGGGCGAUUCGGUCGGCCUCCAGUUGGAAUGUCAUGAUGAACAAAGAACGAAAGGAAACACGUCGAUGUUGUAUGGAUCUUCAAACGUAUGUGGUGCAGGUGCCUCGCGAGCAAAAGUUAGAAAAGAAGCCUGUUGACCAGGCUAGUCAUUAUCCGGUAGCCUUAGUUCCUGGCCAAUUUUCUGAAUUUUAUAGGACCUACACGCCGGAAGAAUUGGCGUGUUAUCCGAUCAAUACUGCCCUGUUAGAUCCGUUGCAACUGAAUCAAAUCCUCCGCUCGGACCGAUACAAACAACUGCUGGCCGAAGUUGCUUCGGAAAGCGAUAGUGGUAGUAGCAGCAGCAGUGAUGACUCUAGCAGUGAUAGCGAAGAAAGUGAUACUGAGAAUUCGGAUAGUGAUGAUGAUUCUAGCAGUGGUUCGGAGGAUUCUGAGGACUCCGAAGUGCCGUUGAAGAGAACAUCGAUCAGAAGACCUCCCGUGAGUAGCAGAUUGCAGCAAGCCGCUCUGCCAAAGAUGACUCCAGCAACUAGUACUACUGCAGCACCAAGGGCAGAGGAGAAGAGUAAAGCUGAGUUGAAUCCGUAUCUAUGUGCCGUCUGUCAAGGAGCGCAGAACAAUAAUCAGUUCAACAAACCGGAACGAUUCAUUCGGUGCUCGGUGUGCAGGCGGAGAGCACAUCCAUCCUGCAUCGAGAUGUCGGCCAAAAUGUUCAAACGUGCCCUCGAGUAUUCGUGGCAAUGCUCGGAGUGUAAAUCCUGCCAAAAGUGUCACGGUCGACGGCAGAACGCCGUUCCGACGACGGAAACUGCAGCUACCGUUGGCAGCAGAAAAAUGGUGUUCUGUGACCAAUGUGAUCGUGGAUUUCAUCUGAACUGUAUCGGUCUUCGUAACCUCCCUAACGACCGAUGGCACUGCUCGGUGUGUACGAUUUGCAACCGAUGCGGUGCACGAAGUCCGGAGGGUCAUCCUAAUCCGUACUUGACGGUGCAGCAGCGUGAGAAUCUCGCCAUGGUCGCUAACUGGACGCAUGAGUAUGCCAACAAUGAGCUAACGCGGAUACGAGAACACGUGGUGACACUGUGUGUGCCUUGUGUGCGAUUGCGGAAGCAGCAAGAAGACGAACAACAACAACGGUUGCUGGAACCGAUGCCGCGACAGCAGUCGAACAUCAGUAGUAAUGUUUCCAGCAGCAGCAACAGCGGGAAACAUACAUCUAUCGGUUGUAGCGAUAGUGCAAGUAGCAGUAGUAGCAAUAACAACAACAACAACAACAAUGUCGUUAGACCGACGAGUAAAGCGACACCGGAUGCGCAGGUAAGGUUUGCCCGCGCACCAUCGUCCUCGUCGACAUCGACGGCAACGAAAGGGUGAGAGUAAUCUUAUUCUAGUUUUAUAUUUUAAUAGUGAACCAACAAAUCGGUAAGGAUUUAAAGACUCGUUCUAGUUUUUUCUUCUAUUUUCCGUGGCAGUUCGGCAAAACAAUUCAUUUAGUGUAAAUUUUUAAACCGAAUCAUUUUGUACAAACACAAAUAUAGUUAAGCGAGACGAAUUCGUUACAUUGUUAGUGGUUUUUUUUUCGUUCGUGCACGGUAAAGGCAUUAUUGCUGUUCUCUGUUUAUAUUUGAAAAGUCGCAACGUCGGUUGAUAGACUUUGGAAUUUACUCCAGAAAAAGGAUAUGGGGAAUUUGUGAACUCAGGAGCGUGAUAAUAUUAUGCUUCUUUUGUUAUUGUCUUCUGCAGUGGUAAAAUUGGUGACAGGGACUGGUCAAAAAGUUUAUGUUGCUCAUUCUGCCUUCGAACCAUGAACAAAAAUAUUUUAGACUUUCAGUACACUCAAUAUUGGGUAUUAUCUCUAUGCACCUCGUCUCCGAAACAUGACCGAACGAGAAGAAGAUUACCAAGAUACUUGAUCUCGAAACACCUUUCCAAAAGCACGUGCUCGGUUCCAGAGUCUAUGCUGUAUGUCAGUCCAGUCUACUUUAGUCUGUCGUAUUUUACAAGCCUUUCAAGGUGACAAUGUUGGAAUAUUUUUUCGACUAUUAUAAACACCUAAACUCUUCUGCAUGUGGAACACUUUGCUUAUAAAACACAUACACUACUAACGACAGACGGAGAGAAAAGCUCAACGUUCAUGAAACAAAAAAAAAACGCCUGGGAAUCGAACCUUCAUCCUUCUUACCGCGAAGAUAUUCUGUCAACUACGCUACUCAGAAACAUGUGUAGAACACGCUCCAGUACGCAACAGAUGAAAUAGCGCUGAACUUGUGCGUAAUACUGCACAUAAGCCGAGUGAGAUUCAACUACUGCCCUAGCAGCUAGUUGACCUCUUUUCGAAAACUAACUUCCCUCCCAAUUCAUCGUCUUGUCUCGCUGAAACAUCUUAGCGCAAGCGCUGUUCAACUGCUAGCCAGGUCCCUUGACAUAACACUCUACACCCUUCCGUUUAUCUCGACACUUAUUUUAAAUAUCAUUGAAUUCCAGUAAUCGCCCUUAUUCUGAAUAACGACGUAUUGAUUUUUCGAUCGAAUGUGGUUCGAUCGAAUCAUAGCUACCUUUGAUUUUGCUACCGUUAUUGGGAAUACAAAUGAAAUACGAGGGAAAAAACGAUACGACGUUAUUCAGAAUAAGGGCGAAUAUUACAAAGGCCACUAUUCGAAAUUUAACAAACGUAAUAACACACUCACGUAGCUCAUAGCUCGGUAGCUCACGAAAAUCCACGAAGAGCGAAACGAUUUGGCUAGUCUCAUUAUAGAACCGAUGCAGUGUAACUUAUAUCAGUUUAUACAUCUAUUGCUCGUUUAGUAAAAAUCCUCCAAAAAAGUAAUUGAAUUUCAGAGGUACCUUCCAAUGCGAAAACGUUAUAAUCGAUCACUUUUCCGGAUCAUUCGGUUGGAAUCGCACCAAUCAGCAAAGUUCUCUGUUUGUCGUUUAAGAAAUGCAAAGCCUUGGUAUUAAAUUCCUGUAGUGGAAUUUGACCUUCUGUUUCAACAGACUUCGCAGUCGAUGCAGAGUGCACAGUACCAUUGCAUAGCUGGUGCUACGAUUCUACUGUCACUUCGAAUCCUUCCAGGCUCGAAUAUACAACUGGUUUGUAAGACCAUUGCCCUAUGCAUUGGACCGCCAACCCGGGACGAUGUUUAAGAAAUGCAGCAUCCUUAUCAUUGCGGGAUCCAAAAUAGUUUCUAGCCAAACAUUCACGUCAUUGAAAUAAAGCAGGAAUAUCAAAGAAUCAAUAUGACUUCCUUGUGGAAUUCCAGGCGAGAUUUUUUUUAUAAAAGUGAUCGUUCAACUUGACGACUACAAGGUGAUUGGAGAGAUGAGUUUUAAUCCAACAUCGAGCCGAAACCAAGUCUGAUCAAUUUAGCUAUCGCGAUGACGUGAUUAAUCCUAGCAAAGGCAUUUGAGAGAUCUUUGUGAGUUUACUACGUCUUGCACACUUACUUCUCUACUUAACAAGUGAAUCGACUUCGAGAUUAUUACUGAUUCAAAGCAGACAUACUCAUUCAAACUUUCUCAUUCUGCUAGUACCGCAUUGGGCACCCAAUCGCCGUCUUUCUUAGUACUAAAUGAUACACGGCGGUUUUCUGUAAGGCAUGAGAUACGAACUUGUGAGCACUUUAUUGCCUCACCCUUUGUCGACCACCAUAAUUUUGGAAUCAACUCCUACUUAGUGAAUCAAUCAAUUGAUACUACUGCCCUACGAACAAGUUUCGUAUCAAAAAAUGUUUUUUUUUAAUGUACGCAUCAUAAAUUUAGUUUGGUUUGACUAAUUGAAACAGUCUCAGGGUUUCAAUCCGUCCUACCACAGACCCGAUGGUUCGCAGAAGUCUAGUUCAGAAGUGUCCACUUUUACACCUAGGCACAAUGAAACCGUACUAAUAAAUUUUCUUAUAUUAGAAAAAGUAAAGGAAAAUGUCUAUCCACAAAAUAAAAUAAAAUGUUGUUUAGCUGGAGCAGUUAAAAUCACAGAUUCAGAAUUGCGAAAAAAAAAUCCAAUUUCGUUUCGGAUAGCAAUUUCUUAGUAAUUCCCCUCCUCAGCAUACGUUGCGACUGUCGCCUUUUGUCCCUACUUUUUUUUUAAAUCAGCAAGCACACAAACGUACCAACGGAUGAGUUCAAUUAUCACGUCGGUAGUUAAUUGUAAGGAAACCGAAGAAACUGAUGUACAGAGAACAACAAGUAGGAUAAGAAUUUGUUUUUCGUUCUUGACCCACGAAACCUAGUUAUCUACAACAGUAUAGAGGAAGUACCAUAACAAAAUCUCAUCGAAUCUACGUUUUGUUUUUGUGGGUUGAAACGAUUAUAGAAAGCUAAUUAUUCGUCAACACAAAUUUGGAAUGAGCCAAUACACAGGUCGUUUGAUUUUAAAAUUGUCGCCAAUCAUCAAAAGAAUGUUCUGGAUUGAAUGUUUAAAAUGUUUUUAGGUAUGUUUUUUUCAUAUUUUAUGUGAAAAGAAUAUAAACAUACGCAUAGCCGGUCUAAUAGUUUUUAUAUUGUAAAAAUAGCAAAGAGGUACAUUAUUAUUAAGUACGUAUAUAUUGUUAACACUGGAAGGAAAAUGUAAUAAACGGUAAGGCUAGGCGCAUUGUAAAUAUACGGUCGCUACUAAAGAAAACAAUAUUAGGUUAAUAAUGAAUCACCUUCAGCAAGAAUCAAGCAUAAAAUGAAAAAAAAAUACUACUUCUGACAAGUAUUAAUACAUUUUAGGUGAGAGGUUGACUUUCAAAUGCUACUUUGUAUAGAAAAUAUACAAAAAAAAAACAGAACGAGAGAAAAGGUUUAGCAUCGAACAAAAGAGCAUUUUCAGCAGAUGAUUAUAAAUAAAUAUAACAGUAGACGUUUAGAAUAUGGACCUUUUCUCUCUAACCCUUGCCUAGCUAGCGGAGUCUUAGAAUGUAAAAUUCUAAAUGGAAACUUUAUAGCCAGCUACGCAUGAAAUAGCAGUAAAACAAUACAAGACAACCACUUAUCAUUAGGAAAUCGAUAUGGUUGAUUAAAUGACACAAAUUCUCCUUUCGGUUGUUUCUGUUUUUUUCUGCUAAUAAUAUUCUCCGUUGAUAAACCAAUAGUGCACGUGCGGUAUAGGCAGAUUAAACAAAAAAGAUAAAUAAUAAAAGCAUUAGCUUGUAAUUUAUUGAAUUGACUAUACUUUUAACGAAUAAAUUUUUUAUAAAAUAUUA